AUGAGAGGACAUGGUGACACCAAUUGGGCUGAACAACAUGCAGAUUGGAUUUCCAUAUGGAAAGAUAGACACAAAGAUGUUCUUUUUGGCCAAUCACUUCAAAGGGGAAUAGUUCAAGAGGAAGAAUUGGUGACGAUAAAUGUACAACCUGGAUGGAAGAAAGGAACAAAGAUUACAUUUGAAGGAAAAGGGAAUGAGAGACCAGGUGCCUACAGAGAAGAUAUAAUAUGUAUCAUCUCAGAGAAAAGACACGAGUUAUUUAGAAGAGAAGGGGAUGAUUUGGAAUUGAGUGUAGAAAUUUCCUUAGUAAAGGCACUCACAGGCUGUACAAUAUUAGUCCCACUGUUGGGUGGAGAGCACAUGACUUUGACACUUGACAAUAUCAUACACCCUGGCUAUGAGAAGAUCAUUUUUGGCCAAGGUAUGCCAAUCUCCAGUGAACCAGGGAUGAGAGGAAACUUGAAAAUUACGUUUCUAGUUGAGUUUCCAACACAACUCUCAUACAAUCAAAGAUCAGAGGUUGUUCGUAUUUUACAGGAUUCUUCAUGA